UGAGCGACCGACUGUGACUGCGACAGAUGCUGGAGAGACUAUUCCAAAAUGCAUUAAUAACAUGGGGCAUUCGACGCAGCAUGUUAUUACCAGACCAGUUAUCACAAGUCGAUCACAACCAAACGAAGCACAUUUGACCCACCUGCAAGAAUCUGCGUCGGAGUGUAGCCUGGUAAUUUUGGCUACCCAUGCGCUAGGACCGUGGGGAAGUAGCCUAACCUGUGCUGCUGAGAAACAGUGUGCAUUUAUUCACAUGUAACCACAACAGUGUUUGUCAUUGCACUGCAGAAGUGCAAGUGCUAGAGACUCAGGACUCAGGAUAAGGAAGUUGAACUAGCGCUUUAGCAAAGAAUUGCGAAAAGAUAAUCUAUCAUUUUGGUUACACAGUAAAAAUUAAACGCAAAGGACGCGCUAUGGGAGGAUUCCAUUCGGUACCUCAAGAUCAUAGAUACAGAGACUUUGCCGACAAGACUGGAUUUUCUCUCGAGCAAAUUGGGAACCUACACAAUCGUUUCAAACAGCUGAGCCACAAUGAAGACACACUUCGGAAAGAUGACUUAAAUAAAAUCCCAGACCUCGCCUGCAAUCCGAUUCGAGCACAGAUUAUAGAGGCCUUCUUUGACAAAAGAAACUUUCAGUCCCAUGGUGGGGGAACUGUAGAGGAGAUUGGCUUUGAAGAGUUCCUCACUGUCAUGUCAUACUUCAGACCCCCAUCACUGAAUAUGACUGAGGAGCAGCGUGAAGAGCUGAGGAGAGUCAAACUCCGCUUUUUGUUCAACAUGCAUGACACUGACAACGAUGGAACUAUAACCCUGGAGGAAUACAGACAUGUGGUGGAGGAGCUGCUCUCCCGAAGUGGUGCUCUGUGCAGAGAGACAGCCAAAGGCAUUGCAGACGCUGCCAUGCUGGAGGUGGCCAGCAUCUCGAUGGGGCACAUGGAGCCAGAUGAAUUCUAUGAAGGGAUCACAUUUGAACAUUUUUUGACGAUCCUGAAGGGGAUUGAGAUUGAGAGCAGAAUGCACAUCCGAUUCUUAAACGUUGACACCACCGUCCUCUGCAAGUGAACACGGCCCUCCUCCCAUGACAGCAGUACUGUUACAUGAACACUUUUUGGGUGUAUAAUAAUGCACACUAUAGACUGGAGUCAUCUUUCUCUGCAUUAUGCAAAUGUGUCAGAUAUGAUGAUGAUGGUUUUGUUUUAGUGGAUAUGACCAAUAUUUGUUUUAGAUAUAGUCUAGUAGAUGAGUACAAAUUGGAAGCAUUUUAAAGAAACAGGGUGAUCCAGUUCAAAACCAGAUUGAUAGUGCUCUAUAUAUUAUAUACUAUCUCUAUAUUAUGAUCUUGCCUUGCAUGUACAUGAAUGAAUAUAUAUAUAUAUAUAUAUUUAUACACAGAUUGCCUUAAUGUAGUAGCAGCAGCUGUUUUCAAUGGGACCACAGUUCCAAGUCUUGGGGCUCACUUAGUUUAAAAUUUGUACUUCCACCUUUACCCUCCAGGGGGUACUGUUGGUCUUCAGAUAUACGCCACAAAAUACCACAAGUGGGGGUUAAAUUGAAUCCCAUGAAAUGAACUCCUUUGCUUAAUGUUUGUAGAGGCAGGCUAACAUAAAGCCAUGACAGUGUGACAUCAAACAAUUUUGAUUGUAACUGAAAAAUAUGCUGUUGGAUGUCCUAAGACUAUAAGUGAGAUUUACACAUGUAAGACAUUAGCAGCACUGUUCAGUAACAGUAACCUGUUGAAAAAACACUUAAAUCCAGUGUCAAUUCCAGUUCUAUUCACAUUGACUCCACAACAGCAUCGCCAAAGAAUGACUGAAAGCUUUGAAAACUGUGACUGUAUCUAGUUAAUAAUUACUUUUCUGCCUCUAAAAUAGGUAGAAUUUAUAUAUGCAUGCUUGGCUAUGACCUAUUAAAUAUUCUCAUACCAAGUCAAUAGGUUACAGCACUUAUCUAUGCAACUACAUGUAGUAUGAUAACUCGAGAUAUCAGAAUAAUUCUGCUUGUUCACAUUCAUCUGAAUGUUGCUUAAACUAUCGAGUCUAGCUUACAAUGGAAAACUGAUACACAAAUAUCAUGUUUUACCAGUGGUCCCCAAACUUUUUCUUCCGAGGGCCAGCUCACUAUGCCUGGCUCUAAGAGAGGGCCAGAGACUCAGAGUAUAUCAACCAUAAAUAGC